UUAACUAUAGCCAGUACAGCUAUAACAUGGAGGACACAACUGAGGAUUCAGACGAAUCUAGUUCAGGCACGAACUCUGAAGCCUGCUCCAAUGAAGAGUCAUCUGGAAGCUCAAAUGCAGGAGAAGGAAGGACCAGAAGCCGCAAACAAAGGCUUGGUGAUCCCGCAAAAGGUACCGCACGCAAGAAGUUGCCAAAAAUAAUGAACACAGUUCAAUCUUUGCUUGAAGAGAACUCGGAAGCCAAGAAGAAAGGAAGAAAACGCACCAUAUUGGUCUUUUACUACCGGCAGAAUGCUAAAAAGAAACAAAAACAAGAGAAGAAGGAACGGGCCCAAGAAAAAACUCAGAGUUCAGAGAGUGACUCAACUCUAUCUGGAUCAUCCCAAGACCCAGGACCAUCUGUACUCUCUCUUCCAAAACGAGUGCAGAAGUGGUUUUUUCAGUAGAGGCCACUCACUACACCCUUACAUGAGAAUGUUUGGGCAUUGGUUAAACUAGAAUAAAAUACCUUGUGAAAAUGAAAAAAAAAAAAAACUUGAAAUAAUGAA